AAGGCAAGAGGCCGAUCGGGGAAAACAUAUGACCAUAUGAUGAGGAAUCUAAACAGACAGAUCUCAAAACCAACAUUUUUCUUAUAAUAACUAGUGGAUUAUGAUUGUUAGCGGUAGACAAAACUUGAAUAACACACACUAUGACACUAGAUAAUUAGAUAAGAUUCCUAAAGGAAAACACUUGAAAUCCAUUAUGACAGAAAAGACAGUAAACAUAGUUGAAGUACUUGAUAAUUUACGAAAAGAUUUAGUCAUGGUUUCCGAAAACCAGAAAAAGAUAUGUAAUAUUUUGAUGGAUCUAAUCCAGAAAAUAGAAAAUAGAAAACCAGAAAUCCAAAAUGUAGACCUAGAAAAAGGAUUAAACUAUAUAUCCGAUCAAAUUGUUAGUAGACAAAUAACAUACCAGAAAGCUAUUUAUAACCAAGAUCUAAUCAUAGAAGAACUAUCAUAAAAACAUUCAUAUGAAUAACCGAGAAUUUGAAAUAAGUGCCUACAAAGUAAUAAUAUAUGGGCAUAAAUAUAGAGUUAUAAGAACUAAUUUAGAACGAAAAUUCCUAGAAACAUACAAAGAUGACCUAAGCCUAAUUAUUGACGUAGAAGAAAUGAAAACCGAAACCAUAUUAGAAAGGAUGAAUAGAUUAAAUAAAGAAAACAAUAAAAAUAAGCAAAUAAGUUAUGACCAGCAAGAAAAAUCAGAAGAAGAUAGCAGUUCGACCGGAUACAAAAAUGAAUUACAAGAGAUCCUAGAAGUACUCAGAGAAAUAAAAGAAGAUUUAAGAGAAAUUAGAAGACAAAACACAAAUUUAGAAGAAAAAGUAAAUACUAUAAUGCAGACAAUAGAGGAUAAUAAAGAAGAAGAUAAAGUAGAAAAAAUAUAUGAAAUUAAUCUAACAGAUAACUCAAAUAACGAAGAUGAAAGCUAUGAACCUAGCAUAACUUAUACAGAACUAAUGGAAAAACCAGAACAGUCAGAAGUAAAUAUGAAUACUACACCAAAAGGAGUAAAAAUGAAAGAGGAAUAUCAUACGGAUCCACGAACAUAUGAAGGAAAUCCUAUUAGGAAUAGACAUAAUAAUGAAAGUUAUAGUAAAUACGAUAGAGCAGAAAAGCUAUGAGAAUCUAGAAGAAAGAAAAAUAUAGAAGAUCAUAUAGUAAGACAAGGAAUCCUAAAUUUGGAUGAUGCAAAAGACAUUCUACAAAAGAUAGAAAUAUGGACAGCAGAAAUAGGAAGACAUAUAACUGAAAUAAAAAUAGAAGCUAAGAUAGUACCAAAAUAUAUUGAAAAUUCCUUCACUGGAAAAGUAAAACCAUGGUUUGAUCAACUACCUAACACAACCAAAGUAAAACCAUGGUUUGAUCAACUACCUAACACAACCAAAGACUCAUUAAGAGCAGAAACUGAUGGCAAAGGAAGUACAACAACGAAUUCUUUAGAUAUACUAAAAAAAUAUGUGACAACAAUAAAAGUUGAGUUCUUACAUUCAAAUAUAGAUAAAUCCUACAAUGCAAACAUGAAAGAAAUAGCUCGAAAUAAUCUCAUGGCUUUAACCAUCUGUGACAUGUGCUAACUAGACAAAUAUAUAUAAUUAUUUAGCCAAUAUUAUUAUCAAUCUGAACUAACGUCGGAAGAAAAGAAUAGAGCAUUAGAACAACUAUUUGCAAAACUACCCCAUGUAAUAUAUGAAAACUUAUACUAAAGUUUUAAAACUAAUCCACCCAAAGAAGAUACAUUAAGAGCCAGAAUAGAAUUUUUAAGAACAUGGUACCGAGUAACCUGUGAAAAAUAUGUUAAAGACAAAAAAUUGAAAGAAAUUAUGUAGUCACCCUAUAGGUGUUGUGAAAAAUAUCUUAUACCACAAUUAGGAUGCAAACAAGAAAAAAGACAUAGACAAUAUAAGAAAUAUAGGAAAAUAAAACAUUGCUAUAAUAAAUAUAAGAAACUAAAAACAAAAUACCCACGGAAAAAAUAUUAUGUAAGAAAUAAAAAUAAAUACCCAAAAAAUCCUAAAACAUGCAAAUGCUACAACUGUGGAAAAAUAUGACAUAUAGCAAAGUAAUGUAAACAACCUGUAAAACCAAAAAUAGAAAAUAGAAGAAGAAUUCAUAGAUAUAGAGCAACUGAAUGAGUCUGGUAUAUCAAAAAUAAAAAAGAAUAUAUGAAACAAAUACUGAAAAUGAAUAUAGUGAAGAUGAAUAAGGAGAUAGAAAUUCCUCAAGAAAUAAAAUAUCAAGAAGAAUUAACAAAAGAAUAUACACUUCAGAGAAUUAUAUUUCAGGAAAAAAUCUUCGAACAGAUUGAACAACAAGAAAUUGACAUAAGUAAAGAAAAGAUAGGAACUGCUGCCUGCGGUGUUUGCUCGAGAAAUGGCAGCGUCAAUGGUCAUCCCGGAGAAAAUCCCAACUCCGACAUUUUGACUGCAGUCUCCACUCAGUCACGGCUACAGAGAAGAGCACAUGGAGACGGUCCCUUGCAAGAUCUGGUGAGCUUGUACCAUCAACAAGAUCAGCCUGAAGAUGACGACGACGAGCCUCACUUGCAACAUGCUGUUAGCGAGAAGUGGUUCUGCAUCAACUGUACCAUGCCGAACUUUGACGAUGUUCUCCAUUGCGAUUUCUGCGGGGAAAUCCAGGAAUCAGAGAUCCUUAUCAAGGGGUCUUUUGCUUCUACUGUUACUCGAGAAGGUUUUCUUGAUGACGCAGAGGCGAUCGCUGGACAUCUAGAACCUUGUAUAGAAUGUCUACCAUCAAAGGAUUGCACCUUAGUUGGUUUUAAUGAUAGAAUGCUACUUCAUUCAGAGGUCGAACAAAAGUCCCAUCCCCAUCCAGAAAGACCAGAUCGUCUUCGAGCUAUUGCUGCCAGCUUUGCAGUGGUAGGUAUAUUUCCAGUAAGGUGCUUUCCCAUCCCUGCCAGAGAGGGUAGCCUUGCAGAGCUUGGAUUGAUUCAUUCUAUGGAGCAUGUUAAUGCUGUUAAAGCAACUAGCUAUAUGCUAUCAAGGCAUAUAUUUUUGGUUCUUUUCAUGUAUACUUUGGCCUUUAAUGUCCUUAGUCUGUUACUUUGUGUAGCUACCACUACUUUGGAUGACGUAGCAUUGUUGGUGGUAUAAUUGGUGAAGGUUUUUCAGUCCAAUGAGUUUGUGACAAA